GAAAUUGUGGCCAAGGAAUUUUUGUCUCUUUUGUUAAAUAAUUUUUUCUUCGUAAAUCCCUUUAUAAACUUGAUUUUAUUCAUCCCAUUUUCACACCUAAAAGCUUGCUUCAUUUUAUUAGAAAAUAUUUAUCUACCUAUUUUAACUCGAAAAUUUCCUAAUUUUCAGAUUUCUUAAUAAAUUAAAAAAAAAAUUUUUUUAUUAAAACAUUUUUUGAAAAUAUUCCCUAUAUUCGUGUCAAUGGCAAAUUGGGGUUUGUCCUCUUAUUUUACUUUAAAAUCUUUUUAAAAAAAUUUUUUUAGAACACAGACUUCGUGAAAUGUUUAACAAUCAAGUUUGUCGUUUUAAAUAAAAUUUAAAAUAUUUUUUAAAUUUUUCUGGACAAAGAUAUGAGUGGAUACAUUGGUAGAGAAGAUGUUAUUUGCAUGUUAUUAAAUGCAAAUAAGCAAGAACGAACGGAUCCAGUCUUUAGAACACACUUACGCUUUUUGAUUAGUGUGCUUAAAAAUGCGGAUUUGAAUGGAGACACAAAAAUCAACUUUCAAGGCAAGAAAACUAGGGAAACUUAA